GCGUCUCGUAGUUUCCGAGAGUCCGUGAAGGCACCACAGUUCCACCCCUGCUGUGUUGACAGAGCGAGCGUUAAUUCACAGCUACAUACCGACACUGACUUAAUGUACCGCUCAUUGGAUUACACCCAAACACAACCAAGUCAACCACAACCACACGUCGCUGGCUCCGUGCGUCUCGAUAGCGCUGACAUUUGAGAGCGAAAAGAAGGAGUAUUAGCCGGCUAAGCUAAAAGCUAACGACUGUUGGCUGAACUCCGCUGUAGUUCACCGUGCUCCACUGACCCUGCGAUGUGAGCUGCUCUCAUGUGUGCUUUUGUCAAUGCAUACAUUGUCUGGCUGAGACGGCUCCGUAGCGGGUCUGAAGGACUAAAUUAUCCCCGCGGCUUGAGGCUUCCACCAUUCCGCAGCUGCUUUCAUCAAACAGGUGUAUGCUGACUUUUAUUGUAGCGUAGCGUCUGUGCCGCCUUCCGCUCAGUCGGCCCUGCCUGCAGCACAACCAUGCCUCUGGGUUUAGGAAGAAGGAAGAAGGCUCCGCUCAUGGAGAAUGAAGAGGCUGAGCCCAUCCGUGCUGGUCUCAAUGUGCCUGGCUUGGACGGACUGGACGGAGGUGUGGUCGGGCUGGGAGAAGGGGCGGCCUCGGAGGGUUUGCCUCCGCCUCCCAGCAGCAUGCGCCCCCGCCUCAUCUUCCACACCCAGCUCGCACACGGCAGCCCGACCGGGCGCAUUGAGGGGUUCAGUAACGUGAGGGAGCUCUACACGAAGAUCGGGGAGGCCUUCGGGAUUCCCCCGGCUGAGGUGAUGUUUUGCACACUGAACACGCACAAGGUGGACAUGGAUAAACUUUUGGGCGGGCAGAUCGGACUGGAGGACUUCAUAUUUGCUCACAUUAAAGGCCAGCGAAAGGAAAUCGACGUGUUCAAAGGGGAGGACGCGCUGGGUUUAACAAUCACGGACAACGGCGCUGGGUACGCGUUCAUCAAGAGAAUCAGAGAAGGAAGCGUCAUCCACCAGAUACAGGUGAUCAAUGUGGGAGACAUGAUCGAGUCCAUCAACGGACAUCGGCUCAUCGGCUGUCGCCACUAUGAGGUGGCCAAGAUGCUCAAGGAGCUGCCGAAGGGGAAGGAGUUCACCAUCAAACUGACAGAACCUCUCAAAGCUUUCGAUAUGAUCAGCCAGCGCUCCGGGGGAUCCAGGUCUUCGUCAGGGGUCCAGCUGGGCACCGGAAGGGGAACACUGCGGCUGCGCUCUAAAGGUCCAGCGACGGUGGAGGAACUGCCGUCUGCAUUUGAGGAGAAAGCCAUCGAGAAGGUGGACGACCUGCUGGAGAGCUACAUGGGCAUCCGAGACAGCGAGCUGGCGGCCACCAUGGUGGAGCUCGGGAAGGACAAAAAGAACCCAGAUGAGUUUGCUGAAGCUUUAGAUGAAACGCUGGGGGACUUCGCCUUCCCGGACGAAUUUGUUUUUGACGUCUGGGGGGCCAUCGGCGACGCCAAGGUUGGACGGGUCUAACUAUAGUAACUUCCUUUUCGGCCAGGAAGCUCCACACUACUGGUUUAUUCUGCAGCUUUUAAUUCAGCGAUAAGAGUCGGAGUAUCCUGCGUCACCUCCCAAAGAGCUAGUUUCUGAUCUUCCUUGUGUCUUCUGGAGACCACACGCACGCUGAGGAACAUUCCAGUACAUGAACCCGUCGCAUGUCCAGCACUAAAACACAGCAAGGUUUUUAUAUUUGCUCCCAUUUUCCUGUGUUAGUGGCUACACUCCUUCCAAGUGUCUCCCUGGAGUUUCAUAUCAGUGAUGGAUGCGAGGCUGAGGAGCCAUUCUGAGCUGAGUUUUGGAUCACUGGCGUGAUUUUUUUUUUUAAACAGCUGGUCGGCUCUUAACUGUUAUUGGGUUGUUUAUCCAGCCUCUAUAUUAUCCUCCGGUGUUCAUCCAACCAGACUUCAGCCUUAAAAGAAGAAAAGUGUUUUGACCAGAAGUGAGUCUUGCGACCUUGUAUGGAAUUACAAAACGGUCCAUUCGGUUUCAGAAGCAUCAGCGACCUGGUGUGUUUCCAGCGCCGCCACUUUAAAUUAUUCAUCCCUGUAGCCGCACUUCUAGGCCAGUGGUGCUGCAGGUCCUGAGUCAUGUUGUGAUGAAAAAAACAUUUGUUUUUAACACGCUAAAGUUGGCCAUUGUUGUCAGCAUUUCAACUGUUUACUUAUGACCUUUAUUUGAAGGCCACAUGCUCCUAAAAAUGAUCCCUUAUGAUAUUAGAUGAGAUGCUCAGAUAUUCACGUUAUCCCAAUACUAUUUUGAAAGCUAGCAUGGCAUCCAUCAUGUCAACAAGAACAAAAACCUCUUCAUGUUUCUGUUAAAAUCAGUAUUAUUAUUGAACAUUUGAGUUAGAAAUGUUGUGUGAUAUCCAGGUUUUACUUGCUUUUAUCUGAAGUUACUUUUUGAUAAGACUUUUGGGAUGCAAACCCAUGACCACCUGCUGCCUAUAGCCACUGUUGCUCCCCACUAAAUCAGAGGGAUUCCUCUCUGUGAUCCUGCCCCAGUCUAAAUGUACUGAGUAGAUAAUUCUAACAUGAAUUUUAUUUUGUUAAAAACCGACACCUCUCCGGAGGGACUGAAAACUGGGGGCCAAUUGAAAAAGUUGCUGGUGGUGAAGCGGCGCGACAGGAUGAGCAGACUUGGCUGAGAGAGCAAGUGAUUCCAAUUUGCACCACACUGUUCAGCCAGAUUGUUUUUUAUACCACGGAGAGCGGAACAGUCGCUGCAUAAACGCUUCCUAAAAUACUGUGUCGCCCGGUGUACACGCAUGUGCUGUUACUUUUUUUUUUUGUGGAUUUUAUGACUCUCUGCUGGUUUUAUUUUGAUACUUUCAGGGGCCAUAAAGCUCCAGGUGAAGUGUAGCAGACUGACUAAAUGUGCUCACUGCUAAUAUUCCACACUGUCGAUGAGAGCGAUGAAGCUUUAACUGUGUUUGUCUGAAACAGAUCAGUGUUACGGAGGGAAGGGUGGUUUUUGUUCUUUUUAUAGAUGGUGUUUUGUGUGAUGAUGUUACAGGCAGUGUUCGAGCGAAGAUGGAGGAACAAGCGUCUCAUUUCUUAUUUAUAUUUUGGGUUGAGCGAACCUUCCGCUGCAUGACACUUGUAUUCUGUCAGUGGAAUGACCUCACUUCCAUCAUUGUCAUUCAGCGCACAUUAUACAUUCACGACUAACCUUCCCUCGGAAAGAUAUAUGAAGCUAUUUUCUAGUGUUUUUUCGUCAUCCUUCGGUGUGAGUCGUCACCUCAGACUCUGUAACAAACACUUGGAAUUUGUAUUCAACUGUUGUUUAAGUCCAGGUAUAUUGCGAUGAUAUUAUCUUUGUGUUGUUAUUCAGGUUUGGGGACACUUGUUUGGAGGUCUAAUGUUAGCGGGUGCAGAAGUGCGCGAGGGUAGCGAAGAAGUGGAGGAGAGUGUUGUGAUGUUUUCAGGUUGGUGAGAGCGACUCCAUCAUUGUGAUAAGGUGGAUACGUUGGUAGGUGAGAGCAGUGUCUUUAAGUCGUUUAGUUUUUC